AUGGUCAUCCAGAUGAGAGAGGAAAGUGAUGUGGCCAAAGCAGGAGCUGGAGGAAGAGGCGAGGAGGGGACAGAUCCUGGAGAGAGUUGGGAGAGAGACUCAGGUGAGCUGGAUGAUCCUAAUGAUGCAGCACAACAGGAAGCAAAGCACAGAGAUGCAGAAAUGAGAAACAAUGUCUUAGCCCAAGUUCUGGAUCAAUCAGCCCGGGCCAGGUUAAGUAACUUAGCACUCGUAAAGCCUGAAAAAACAAAAGCAGUAGAGAAUUACCUUAUACAGAUGGCAAAGUAUGGACAGCUAAGUGGGAAGGUCUCAGAACAAGGUUUAAUAGAAAUCCUUGAAAAAGUAAGCCAACAAACAGAAAAGAAAACAACAGUGAAAUUCAACAGAAGAAAAGUAAUGGACUCUGACGAAGAUGAUGAUUACUGAACUAAAAAUGUUUAGGGACUGACUUAAUGGAACAGUUCUAGGACAGAAAUUAAAAUCUGUUUAAAUGUUUACU